CUACCAGCGCCGCCGCCACGCGCUGGACGUCCCCGCCGCCGCUCCUCGACUUCGCGUGUGCGUCAGGCGUGUGUCUUGAUCUGCUGUCCGUGGCAAACUCUUCUCAACCGCGUCGUCUCGAUUCGCGCUCCCCACGCUCCGCUCGACAGUUCGGUCCAGAUACCUGCCCGCGCCCGUAUUCGCAUUCCGCACCCGUCGCCAUGUCUGCAGCCACAAACGUGCGCAAAGUGGGCCGCGGCUCCAUCCAAAUGAACCUUGUAUUUUGCGAAACGUGUGGAAAAAGCAGGGUUUUGUCGCUGGAUACCACGGCCCGGCUCGUCCCCACCACGAAAAGCACUCGCACCACAGAUCGCAUCAUCCGAGACACGUGUCGAUGCAAGCGUAAACGAUCGAAUUGUCUUUCGAUCGACUCUGCCCCACCCAAAGCAGGUCCGUCCAAAGGGCCAACGCCGUCGCCACCUCCGCAGCAAAAACGCCGCGGAUCAGGCAAUGCGUCAUCAACCUCGACUGGCGGUGACGAUAAAAGCACUCACUCUGCAGACGACACUACGAAGAGGUCCAAGACGGUACCUACCACUGUUGUUCCAACGUUUGGUGCAUUGAUGCCGCACUACACUCCGCGAUCGCUUCGAAUCCGCUUGAAGAAAGUUGCUGACGGGUACCAAGCCGUCCCGGCGCCGCCGAUUUCACUCAAAAUCCUCAUUCAUCACUACAAUGGGGUGUAUAUCGCAAUUCCCCCCAUGGGGGUCACGUCCGAGAGUGCGUCCAGCGCGGCCGCCACCGCUCCCACGACUCCUCCCAGUCUAUCAAACCCUGAGAUGGGCGCUGCUCCGUCCACCGUCGAUGUGACCCCAAUGACGACGCCCAGCCCGACGAGGUCCACCAGAUCAACAGCCAGCACGCCAUCGAGUUCGCCGGCACAGUCCGCACCAUCUUCCCCGGUCAGUCGUUCGUCGCCGAUCUUGCUUCCCAACGGCCUCACGCUGAUGGACCUGUCCAACCCGCCAUGGACGAUUAUGCAUCCUGAAGCCAUCCGCAACCGAACCCAGUGCGAAGUGUGCGGCAAGCAAGGCACACUGCUCUGCUGCGACAGAUGUCCGUCCGUUUACCACGCAGACUGUCUGCCGCGUGACCACGUGAUCAACAUCGAUCCGUGGCUGUGCCCGACCUGUUUGCAAACCCCAUUCGAUCACGACAAAGCGUGCCGCCUUUGUGCGGGCGACUCGAACCUGUCCCAAAUUAUCCUGUGCGACUGCUGCGAUGACGAAUACCACAUGUACUGUUUGAACCCGCCGUUGAUCACCGUGCCGGACGGCGACUGGUUCUGUCCGGUCUGUGCAAGCCUCGGCCAUGCGCGGCGCCAGUGUCUCAAGAAAAAACGUGGCGGACCGCAAAAGCCCCGUCCGCAGUUUUCAUACCCGUCGCUGCUCCAGGAAACGUACGAGGAUUUGACGAUCCUCGACCGCGGUGCGUGGAUGCGGCCUCCGGGUCUCGGCAAGCAAUGGUCGCCCGAAGACAUUCGACGACUGACCCAAGCACAUACAAGGACUCGGUUGUUUCGAGAAAAAGUGAGCGGCCGCGUCCGGCGGGAAUCGCCGUCGCUGUCGAAAAUGACCAGCCUCUCGAACGUUGCUUGGUACAAAACGAUGCUGCCUGACCCGGACGCCCGACGGCAGUUGCUCCAACUCGCAUACUCGACGCAGCUGAACGCAGAGUUUCGAAUCCGACUCGCGAUGGCCGACCGAGUGGCCGCGAUCAUGCGAUGGCGGUAUCAAUGGGCUGUAGCGGACUUUGAAGUCGACGUCUUUUUGCGCCUCUUUCGCGUCUGGCAUGAGCUCGAGCAGACGUUGCACGAACUUGACAUGACGUUGGAGCCGCCGCUGUCACCGCCCUACCUGGCAUGGGGCUUUGGCAACGACCGACGCGCCAACAACAAUGCUGGCGAGCGAGCACCGCUUCUACCUGGCAACGUCGUGCUAGCGGAGCGACUGCAGCUAGGUUACGACCAACCCGACCGCGCCAAAUCAUCGGACCUUGAUCCGGUCUUGGUUGCCAAGGUGACCCAACUUCGCAUCACAAGCCCCAUGUCGGUGCGCUCCAUUUUGAAUCCGUUUUGAAGCCAGGACAGCCGUAGUAUUUAAUGUCGAGCGUCCACGUCAAUUCCAGCACCAUGGACCUGCCACUCCGGGCUAAUUGUCGAACGAAGUGCGAGGCAUUCCCCUCAC